AGAAAGGAGAAUGAGGAUGAAGAAAAAAGAUGGAAGAGUCUGGUCCUCUGUCGUGAUUAUCCACGCACAGUGCGGCAUUCUAUAUGUUUAUAUUUGUUGAUACUGAAGCUUUGUCCAUUAUUUUGGGAAGUUGAAAAUCUCAAAUCAACAAUGUCAACGAAGAGGAAGCAAUUUAAGCCAAAAGCAUUCAAGGACGGUGAAGCAAUUAGUACUGUUUGUAAUAACAUGCACAAGGAUCAAGAAAUGGAGGAAAAGAAAAGAAAGCAAAGAAAUGAUGGAGAAUCAAGAAUUGAUGGUAAAAAAACCGGCUCUUGUCCAGAAUCUUGUCUUUCAUCCAAGACCAUGGAUAUGGAGAUAAUCUGCAGCUUUUGUGAGAUUGGAUUUGAUGACAUCAAGACGUUACAGAAUCAUACAUUGCAGAAUCACCGGCAGCAACAACAAGAGCAAAAUGUUAAAGUAGAAAAUGAAGAAAGUGAUGCAAUCUCGUUGAAGAGUGAUAUCUGUCGAAGUAGUGACGGAGGCCCAUCAUUGGUAUGUCAGCAAUGCGACAAGACAUUACACGGUUUUGCUGAAUUUGGUUAUCACAUGCGAACACAUUUAAUCAGUAAAGAUUGUGAACAGAAAUGCAAUCUUUGUAGUGCUAUCUUCACCGAUCCUAUUACUCGAAUAUCGCAUAUUGUGGAACAUUUCAUGGAAAAUAGUCUCCAUAUACAAUGCAAAGAAUGUCCGACAGUACCGUUUUAUAAUUUUCAACAAAUUCGACAACAUCAAUUUGAAGAGCACUUGGAGAUACUAUAUCGUUGCUCCAUUUGUCAUCAAAUAUUCAGGAGCCAACAUCGUUUUCAGGAACAUUCCGUAACCCACUUCGAGGAAGUUCUCCGCUAUCACUGCGCAGCUUGUAGCAUCCCAUUCGAAACCCGUGAUCUUCUGGCUAUCCAUGUACAACUAAUUCAUGAUCGGCCUGCUGUUACUUUAACGGUUAACAAUUUACAGCGAAAUUUAUCGGAAGAUAGUUCCUGCAAAGAACAGUCCGAAAGACGUCUAGUGAAAUGUUUGGUCUGCGAUAUAAAAUUUGAAAAUGAAGAUGAGUUGGACUUUCAUCGUCUCGUUGAACAUUGCAAGGUACCCCGAUCGAAUCGUUGCGCAGACUGUCAGGCACAAAUCCAGACCGUCACACAUUUCAAGAAUCAUAUCCGUGAGCAUAUACAAGACGAACAUGCAGUAGCCUGCAUCGUUUGUCGACAAGCACUUCGUAAUGAUGCACAAAUCGAUACUCAUGCCAAGUAUCAUUUGCAGUUUAGUGAUAAUACUUUGGAAGCGGAUCGACAAUGCAGUAUAUGCCAACAGCAUUUCUCGAGCGAAUCACUCGGAUUACAUAUGGUGGAGCAUUCUAGCAACGGAGAUUGUCCAUAUUGUGACAAACAUCUCCCCAAUGUUGGGAGUUUAUUGACUCACAUCGACUCGAUCCAUUCGGAUGUGAAAGCAGCCUAUCAGUGCCAUAAUUGUCUACAGGCCUUUCAUUUCAGUUCCCAACUACAGCAUCACCAUUGUUCUCCUGUUACACACGGAAGACUCAUUAAGUAG